ACUGAUGCCCAAGGCAACAAGAGGAGCCGCAGGACAGCAAAGUCGGAAUGACCAUGAGGAGCCUGCUUCUUCUCUCCAUUCUGGCUGCCUUCGCCGCGGCAAUUUUGUGUUAUGAAUCUCAUGAAAGCAUGGAGUCCUAUGAAAUUAGCCCCUUCCUAAACAGGAGAAACGCCAACAGCUUCAUCUCCCCACAGCAGAGAUGGAGAGCCAAGGCCCAGGAGAGGGUCCGAGAACGAACCAAGCCUGCCCAUGAGAUUAACCGGGAGGCCUGCGAUGACUACACACUUUGCGAACGCUAUGCCAUGGUUUACGGAUACAACGCCGCCUACAACCGCUACUUCAGGCAGCGCCGAGGAGGAAACUGAGAUCAGAGAAUGUCGCCUUCAUUCCGGAGCCUGGUGCCUGGUUUUAUGGUCCCUUGCUGUAGUGUCACUGAAAUAUAUAGAAGCCUACAUGUUGCUUUGUUUCCUACAUGUUCUCCUGCCCCACUACACCCUAGCCCCUAGAUCGGUGCACAAGAAAAUGCAGUCGUGGAGGACAAAUGUGUGGUUGUUACAUAAUAAAUUUCUGGUUGGGUACUUUCA